AUGAUAUUUGCUCCUUUUACGGGCAAGGAUAAUCAUGGUCGCCCUGUGACAUUUGCUGCUGGCCUUUUAUCCAAGGAAAAUGCCAACUCCUUUUCAUGGUUAUUUAACCAAUUUGUAAAGUGUAUGGGUGUGGCUCCCAAACUCAUUGUAACGGACCAAGACUUAGGAAUGAAAGUUGCUGUUGAGGAGAUCCUUGUCAAUACAAGACACCGGUGGUGUAUGUGGCACGUUAUGAAUAAAGUUGCUGACAAAUUGCCAAAGAACAUGCUUGGUAGUGAACAAUUAAAGAAGGAGCUGAAUGCAUGUGUAUGGUCAGAGUUGAUAGAACCUGAUGCAUUUGAGGAAACUUGGCAUGCUAUAAUGGAAAGAUAUGGGCUGGCCAAUAAUGUCUGGUUUUCAUCAAUGUUUGCAUCGAGAAGAUUUUGGGUUCCAGCCUUCUUCCGUGAUUUUCCGAUGAGUUCGUUGAUAAAGACAACUUCUAUAUCCGAGUCGCAGAAUAGCUUCUUCAAAAGGUACUCAAAGUCUCGGGCUAACCUUAUGCAAUUUUAUAUGAACUUUAAUCAUGCUCUGGAGACUGAAAGAAGUAAUAGUGCAAAGCUUGAAUACUAUGAUUCAACAAAAGUGCCUAUUUUGCGAACAGGAUUGGAAAUCGAGAAACAUGCAUCGACGAUAUAUAGUUGUAGUGCUUUUAAUGAAAUUCAAGAUGAGAUAGUAUAUGCAUGUUUCUCUUUGUCUUGUACAACUCUAGGAGUGUCUACCAGUAGAGAUAUUGAAGUAUAUGACAUAAAGGACAAGGAUUCAAACUCAUGGACAGUGUCUUACUCCAUUGGUGAUGACACAUAUUUGUGUGGAUGCAAAAAAUUUGAAAGGCUUGGUUUAUUGUGCAGCCAUAUAUUUUGUGUGUUGAAAUAUAAUUUUGUUAAGCUGAUACCCGAGAAGUUGUGUGGAGGAAGAUGGUUGAAGUCUCAGUUUGUGAAGCCAAUACAUGGAGGUUUUUGUGAUGAUCAAGAAAUACACCUUGUUGUGGACAAGAAGAAGAUUGCAUAUAAAAACUUGUAUGCAUUAUUCAUUGAAACAGCACAAAGCAUUGAAGGGGACAUUGAUAAGAUCAAUACAUUCGCUGCAAUUAUUGAAGAAGGUAAGAAGCAGCUUCUUGGAGAAGGUGUUGUUUUGUCUUCCACACAGAAGAGAGCAAUGAUUGAGAACUUCUAUGGCUCACAUGUUCCGACCAAUAUUGAAGUUCAUCCUCCUGAUGUUGUUAGUACAAAGGGAAGUGGAAGUAGGCAUAAAUCGAAGAAGGAGGCAGCACUGAAGUUAGCAAAUAAACCAGGCCGAAAGUGUGGAAUCUGUUAUGAGAUUGGACACCAUGAUUCUAGGAACUGCAAAAAGGUUCACGAGAAGGCAAACCAGAGGCAAUGA